AUGUGUAAAAGCGAUUUUCACAAACACACGGAAGCUCUCCGAAUACCUAAUUUAUAUUUAGGUUCGAAAUUAUUUUCCUGCAACGGUAAAAACCUGGAAGUUUAUCAAGUUCGAACGAAGAAUGGUUCGGAUGGUACGACGAGUAUUUUAUACAACGUUUGUUUCGAUACGAACGUCAUGAGAGCGAAAUUCGUUUUUCAACCCAAACGAACGGAUAGUCCGGUUAAAAGUAACGUCACGAGACAAGACGUUUGGGGAUUUGAUUUUUUCGGUAAAGAUUCAAACGAAAAAUUUAAAUUGUCUCAGGGUUACGUGAGCAAAAUACAAAAGGAUCGUUUGACGGCCGCAUUUCCCAAUAAAUACAACAGCAAAAAAAAAUAUCCGUUCACGUUCAACAGAGGACAUUUGGCACCCUACGCGGAUUUCAUUAAUUUAAACGAUAAAAAAGCAUCUUGCGAGUACAUAAACGCGGCACCGCAAUGGAAAGAAUUCAAUGCGAAUUCUUGGUCGUUGGUUGAGAAAGAAACGAGAGCUUUGGUGAGAGACAACCCGGGGGAAUGGGAAAUAUAUACGGGAUUGUACGGGAGCAUUCCCACGACUAGAGGACCCUUAUACGCAUCCCCGAUGUUUAACGACAAGGGAAAAUUCGUCAAGGGUUAUUUACCCAUACCUAAAUUAUUUUGGAAAUUGGUUUACAAUUUGGAAAAUAAAAAUAAUUCGAAAGUUUUCGUCGGAGUAAAUAAUCCCGAAUUGGAUUCACCCGAAAAAUUUAAACCUGGCGGUUACCUCAUAUGCAAACCCAAAAUGAACGGAAAGGGAAAUUAUUUUUCCGGAAACGAAUUUAAAGGAUUCACUUACGAAUGCGAUUUAAAUGAAUUUCUCAUAAAUUUGGGAAAAGAAGAAAAAAUAUUAAAAGUGUCAUUAGCAUAUAAAUCUUCAGUUGCUUCAAAGCCACAUUCGAUGACGUUUAAUGAUGUGAGAAAUUUAAAAGUUUAUAAAGAAGUAUUUAAAUUUUCCGCACCGGAAAGAUCAAAGGAUAAAUUAAAAGAUAAUUUUUCACACGGUGACGCCAUUAAUUUUGCUUGCAGUAACGGAUUCGCAAGAAAAGAUUUACCGGAUAAAUCAUAUAGUUUUCAAUGUACCGAUGGUAAAUUUAAUAAAAGUUUGGAAUUCGACGACGUACUUUGCAAAAGCGAAUAUCAUAAAAAUUCCCUAGCGGUACAAAUAUCACCCGUGGAAUUAGGUUCGAAAAUAUUCAAAUGCGAUGGACCGGAUUUGGAAGUUUACGAAAUGAAAACGCGACAACCGAACGGAAACAAUAACAAACAUUUGUACACGGUUUGUUUAGAUUCUAGAGUCAUGAGACCGAAAUACGUUUUUCAACCGAGCACAAAUGAAAAACCACCGAAACACAUACCAGGAGAAGAAAGGAAUAGCGUUUGGGGAUUCGACGGAUAUGGUAAAACGGUUAACGAAAUGGUUAUAAUAUCGAAAGGUUACGUUGAAAAAAUUCAAAAAAAUCGUACGACGAAUUCGUUUCCGCAAAAAUACAACAGCAAAAAACAAUAUCCCUAUUAUUUCAACAGGGGUCAUUUGGCUCCCUUUGCGGAUUUCCCCGAUGAAAACGACAGGAAAGCAACUUGCGAAUACAUAAACGCGGCUCCCCAAUGGGAAGAUUUUAAUAAAAAUUCAUGGUCGCUCGUCGAAAGGGAAGCGAGGGAUAUGAGACGUGAAAAUCCACAGGAUUGGGAGGUUUAUACGGGAACAUACGGAAGCAUUCCAACGACGAGGGGUCCCCUCGUCGUGGCACCAGUUUUCGAACGUGGUAAAUUUAAAAAAGGUUUAUUACCCGUUCCUAUGCUCUAUUGGAAACUUGUUCAUAAUAAAGUUGACAAAACGAAAUCCAGAGCUUUUGUCGGUGUCAACAAUCCCGAAUUGAAAUCUCCCGAUGAAAUAAUUAAUAAAUAUAGAAUGUGUACUCCGUUGAAAAAUAAAAAAAAAGAAUUUUUCGAGGGAAAUGAAUUUUUGGGUUUCACUUACGAAUGCAACGUCGAUGAAUUUUUACAAGCGUUGAAAACAAACGAAAACGUUGAUGAUAGCGGAGGCUUUGCAAUUCAAAAUCAGAGGGAAUUCUUAUUUCGAUACAGUAGAAUGCAUUGUGCCGGAUCGGAGAGAGUUGACAAUAGUAAGGAUUUUAAUUGUAGAAACAUGGGUGAUGUUUUAGGGAAGGAGUGCGAAAAAGAUGAAUCUUUAACACGAUCUGUUGAAGAUGUUUUAAGGGAAGAUGUUGAUUUUGCUCCAAGUUCUGGACCUAAUUCGGAGAAUUCGGAAGAUGAUCUGACAUGGUUAUUGCCCAUAAAUAGUUCUGCGAUGGAUUUGGGUUCGAGAAAAUGUAAAUGUGAAGGAUGUUCACAAUUAUUCGACUCUUAUAAUAAUGAUAAAAAAAAUGCUAAACUCCUUUUGUCAAGUUGGAAGGAAUUUAGAAAUUAUAUAAGGAAUGUUUAUUUAAAAUCACCUUUUGAAUUCACUCAAAAAAAUGAAUCAAUAUCAAUUGAAAACAAUGAAGAACUUCAUAAAGUGAUACAAGUGUUAGUAUAA